AUGCAUUCCAAGUCACUCCUUAUCCCAGCGCUCUUUGCUGCCUUCGGAGUCGCUCACGAUGAUGUUCAGUACGAAACCCGCACAGCAACGAUAACUCAAUGCUUCACCCGCGAUGGCCUGCAUCCUCCGGCUACUGUCACCGUGCCUGGCCCGACAUGCGUGGUUCACGAGCCAGCUGUGACAGGAGAAGCCAUUAUCGUUGACGUUCAAGCUCCCGACUGUGACUGCGGCUGCCCAACUUGUGUCCAUACUCUUGAGUACACGACCAAGUACCCUGCUUUCUGCUCUACUGGUUUGUUUGAGCAGGAGUAUGUCAUCACAGAGACGUAUAGUGGCAUGGAGGCAAAGCCCACCAAAAACAAGCACGAUCUUCCACAUGGAUUCACGUGUGAGGUUCAGACGUGUACUACCUGUGGCCCUGAGCCCGUUACUGCAACUAUUACGCACCCUGUUGCGGGUCAUUACAUGAAUGAAGUUGCAGCAACUGAAAUGCCAAUGGCGAAGCCUAGCACUGAGCAGUCAAGCAAUGAGCAGUCAAGCAAUGACCGGCCCGGCAAUGACCAGCCCAAGAAGCAGCCCGAGGAGCAGGGAACCUCUGCACCAAAGGUAACUGGAGACAACAAUGCUUUCCGAUCAAGCGUCAAGCCCACCCCAGUCCCUUAUUCCCCAGAGACUGCUUCUCCUGGAGAGCCGACAAAUCACCCUGUUAUUGUAUCCGGCGCCGUAGGUCAAUAUUUGGGACUGGCUGGUGCUAGUGUUACAUUCUUUGCUUUUAUUCAAUUCUUGUUCCUCUGA